CAGCUUUCUGCAAUCAGGCGCCCUUCGGUCGACAGACCUUCGCCGGCGCCAGCUGCCUCUCUCUACCGCCUGGAGUCCGGUUCAAGCUCGAGAGGCCUCGUCCCGGCGGCGGAGCCAUGGAACAACGGCAGCAGACCAUCCUCACGAGGCCAGAGGACGGCGGAGCAUGAGCGAAGGGUUUCUGGCCAGCAGAUGCCUGCUGCGUCCAACUUCCCUGCGCAGUUUUACCAAACUCCAUAUGGCUAUGCCCAGGUGCCUGCCGGAUAUUCUUCUUACGCGCAGGCUUACACACAGAACUUCCGCCCCAUGCUACCCAACUACCCCGUCCAGUCAAUGCACCCCGAAUACUCCAUGGCCCCCAUCAGGCCCUCCCGCGACCAGGAUCCCAGCAAAGGCAUGCGCAGCGCUCUGCUCGACGACUUCCGCGUCCACGGCAACAAAUCCAACAAGCGCUACGAGCUCCGGGACAUUUACAAUCACGCUGUUGAGUUCAGUGGAGAUCAGCAUGGCUCCAGAUUCAUUCAGCAGAAGCUUGAGACUGCCAACAGCGACGAGAAGGAGCAGAUAUUCCGCGAGAUUGAGCCAAACGCCCUGCAGCUCAUGAAGGAUGUCUUUGGCAACUACGUCAUCCAGAAGUUUUUCGAGUACGGAAGCCAGCUUCAGAAGAAGAUCUUGGCAGAGAAGAUGAAGGGCAAAGUGGUUGACCUGUCUGUCCAGGUCUAUGCCUGCCGUGUGGUUCAAAAGGCUCUGGAGCACAUUUUGGUUGAGCAACAAGCUGCGCUGACACGCGAGCUGGAACCCGAGAUCUUGAAAGUCAUCAAGGACCAGAACGGCAACCACGUUGUGCAGAAGAUCAUUGAGCUGGUGCCGAGACAACACAUUGACUUCAUCAUGAACGCUGUGCGUGGACAAGUGACACCCCUGGCCUCGCACGCAUACGGUUGCCGGGUGAUCCAACGACUGCUCGAGCAUGGCACCGAGGCCGACAAGGCGGAGAUCAUGGGCGAGCUCCACGCCUCUGCUCAGAUUCUCAUUACCGACCAGUACGGCAACUACGUCGCUCAGCAUGUCAUCCAGAACGGCGAACCGGAAGAUCGCGAGCGCAUCAUUAAGCUGGUCAUGGGCCAGCUUCUCACCCUCUCCAAACACAAGUUCGCUUCCAACGUCGUCGAGAAGUGCAUCGAGUACGGCACACCCGCGCAGCGCACAACUAUCCGAGAGCAACUGACGACUGCCGGGCCCGACGGGAACAACCCUCUCCAGCAGAUGAUGAGAGACCAGUUUGGCAACUAUGUGAUCCAAAAGCUGCUGGGUCAGUUGAAGGGUGAGGAGAGGGAGGCUCUCGUCGAGGAGAUCAAGCCCCAGUUCUACACUCUCAAAAAGAACGUAGCUUCUCGACAGGUACAGGCGCUCGAGAAGCUGCUCGGAUUGAGUGGCACCAAGAGCGAGAAUUCUGCCCAGUCAGACACGAACUCUGUGACCGAAGUCCCCUCCCUGACGCAUGAGACAAACAGCCCGCAAACAAACAGCCCGCCUAGCAUCCACGCCAGCGCUGUCGGA